GGGAUGCCCUACGGGGAUGCUCGUAGCCGGGUCUGAAUCAUCUUCGCCGGAAGCGAUCUCUCCCAGAACGGUCGAGAAACGACAAUGAUAGAGACGAUCUACAUUCUCCGCCACGGGUUUAGGCUGAACUGGGUCACCAGCAACUGGAAGAGCCCGACAGGUUUGCCGCGCGAUCCACCCCUGGCGGCGUUUGGAGAGACGCAGGCGCAGGAGGUCGCGGACUACUUCCUGUCGCUGCCUGAAGAUCAGCGCCCGACCGCGAUCUGGUCAUCGCCCUACUAUCGCUGCAUCCAGACCGCAAAGCCCGUCGCCAUCGCGCUCGGCCUCCCGAUCUUCAUCGAGCACGGCCUGUCCGAGUGGUACUCCCCCGUCGCACCGGACACCGGCCUCCACCCGCGCCCCGCCAACGCCGCCGCCCUGCGCGCCCACUUCCCCGAGAUCGACCCCGACGCGUGGGCCUCCGUGUGGUACCCCCCGCGCGCGGGCGAGGACGUGCAGCAGGUGCACGACCGCGCCGCGGGCUUCGUGUCCGCCUUCGUCCCCGAGGUCCCGCGCCGCCUCACCCACAACGGCGGCGGUGGCCCCGCGCGCGUGCUGCUUGUGAGCCACGCCGCGACCGUCAUCGCGCUCGCGCGCGCGCUCGUAGGCGACCGCGCGCUGCCGCUGCGCAUCGCGUGCUGCUCGCUGACGCGCGUGGAGCGCAAGGCGGGCGUCGUCGACGGCGUGCAGCCGAUCGAGGGCGCGUGGGAGGCGCGUCUGCUUGGGGACGGGAGCCAUUUGAAGGACGGGAACCAGCGCGACUGGGGAUUCGAGGAUAUCGAGAUCGCGGAUGGGCAGGUGGUCCAUGAUUCGGGCGUGCCGGGCACAGAGCAUGAGGUGGACGAGCUUGUAGGCUGUCAGAUCAAGGAAUUGGCGGCGCGGAUGUAAAGGCAUCGAUGCAUCGGGGUCAUCGUACAACACAGCUUCAGACCGUAGAUAGCUACACUACAUGUACACACAGCAAGAAAUUCCACGCAUCCACGCAUCUCGCGCGCGGCUUUCAG